AUGGGCGCCGCCACCCCGCACCCGCCACCACCACCACCACCACCAUCGUGCCCGUCGAAGAGCAGCGAAGAGGAGCAGAGUAGGUCCCCUCCACGUCGCUACGUCAGUCGCUCGCUGUCGCUCGCUCGCAGUCGGUUCGCCCGUGUCAACGGGGGUUAUCGCGCGCGCGCGUGUGUGUGGUGUGUGUGGUGUGUGUGCGCGCGCGUCGUCGCACCUCCUCUACAUGUUUCGGUCGCGUCGUCGACGUCGUCUCGACCUCGGCUCUCGAGAUCUCGUCGGAUAAACGGCGGGCGAGGCGUCCCGUUUCGCGCGUGGACCUGCAAAAACGAUCGGAGACGCACACGUUUCGGCCGCGACGCCGAAUUUCCACGUCGCGCUCGCGGUACUCCCUCACGUUCAAUAAUGAGGGACAUGGCAGGUAAGAUCGCCGAGUUGAAGUUCGAGGCACCCCUCGCGCGCUUCGAGGAGGAGGACACCGCCAGCCUGAAGAACAUGAACCUCCUGACAGAACAAUUAUUGGACGCCAGCCUGGACACAAGUUUCAGCGAGAAUUGUAACGCGAAUGAGCCGCCUACGACACACGAGAAUGGCACCGACAUCCUCCAGGAAGGAACGUUCAGCCCGUUCAGCGGUAGCCUCGAGGACCUCGUCAACACCUUCGACGAGAAGAUCACGUCCUGCUUCCGCGAUUAUGGCACUGACGUGGAAUCGUUGGCUCCGGUACAGGUGCGAACGCAAGAGGAGAUUAUGAACGAGUGCCAGAUGUGGUGGACGAUCACCGGAACUUUCGGGAAUAUAUUACCCAUCGACUGGAGCAAAUCCUACGCGCGGAAAAUGCAUAUGCCCGCUUUGAAUCUGAACGAAGCACCCGCUUCUACGGAGAGACCUGAACUAGAGGAUUUGAGUAGCGAAGACGAAGCAGUCGCCACAGAUUUGGACAUGCAUGCUUUAAUCUUAUCCAGCAGUACUGAUACUCACAGUCCGGAAGAGCCGAUGAAGACCGCCGAGGAAGUUCUUCGCGAGAUAGAUGACAUAAUGCAGGAAAGUCCGUCAAUGGAAAGAUCGCCGGAUUCAGAGGGUUCUUUAUUGGACAGCGACGAAGCUUUGGAAAGGAGUAGAGAAGUACUUGGAUCACCACUUCAUGAAAAAAAAUUAAAACAGCUUUCCUCCAGCCAACUGACUGAACUUUUUGGAGAAAUGGAAUCCUUGGUUGCGGCUUUGAGCGAAACACUGAUCGCCGAGCUUGCGCUUCGGGACGAAUUGGAAUACGAGAAGGAACUCAAAAACCAGUUUAUUUCUUUACUGUUGGCUGUGCAAAACCGACGUCGGCAGCAUCAUGUUACAAAGAAGAGAAAUCAAAUGCAGAAUGGUACUAGUCCGUUGCCGCAACAUAGGUCUUUGCAGGAGCCGAAGUACCUGACGACCGUUAUUCCAUAUCAUACAGACAGUGGUCCGCCAGACAAUCAAGCUUUGCAAGUACUUAUCAAAAUAUUAAAGGCCAUUAGCGAGGAUAGCCCGACAGUACCUACUUUGCUAACGGAUUAUAUACUCAAAGUGUUAUGUCCAACUUAAGGCAGAAUAUGUGGAAAAAAAAAAUGAAAUGUCAACAAAAUACCAUGUGCUCUCUUCUUCUUGCCAGUACGCUUUCAGCCGUCAUUGUGCCGCAUAUUAUUGCGUAACUAUAGCUUAUAAGUUGUACUUCAGUCACACUCGAUUAUUAUAUUGGCUGUAGAAGUAGAUAAGGUCUCCGAUAUUCUAUCUAGUCUUAAUUUAUACAUUACGAUAUGUAUAUUACUUGCUUAAGGUAUCAUAAGUAUAUAUUUUUAAUAACUCGUAUAACAUGUAUUAUUGACUCGCGUAAAUCGUACGUCAUUUUCUUACAGUUUUCAUAUUUAUAUUGUACCAUGACUCAUAUCAAUUCAUUCAGUUUUUUGUAUAUUUUUUCUUGUACAUAAGAAUCCCGAGGGAAAGCUUUCAUGCAGAGUCAUCGCAAAGACAGCACAGAGCUCCUUAUCUAGGAUCUUACAAAAUGCUACUUGUGUAGAUCGGUUUCUAUUUAAGGAAUUCGAAUUAGUGUACAUUGUUGUAAUACUAGCCUAGUAUCUAGAGAUACUUGAUUCACCGAUAUAUCAGCUCAAAGAGUGAAAAUCUUGCAGUGACGGUCAUUUAAAUCACUUGCCCCACCAUACAAUAAUAAUGUAAUUGUUCUCACGCAACGCGCAAAAACUCGGGACACUGUGUUUAUUAAAGUAAAAAAAAUAAAUUAAACGACCUCAUUGCUCUCGGA